CGAAUCUUUGCCACACACGCACACUGUGUUCUGCGCCGUCGCGGGACGGCCACCUCAUCCACCCCUACCCGCCUCCGUCACCCGGAGUUCAGGCAACCAACCUCGCAUAGCCUCCUCCGUCCUCUCCCGGCGUCGCAGGCAGGGGACACCUAGCUUCCCACCAUCCUAGCUGCCGGCAGCGGCGCUGAACUUGGGAGGCAACGACCUAGAAACAGGAGUUUCAGUAUGCAACAAAUGGCGCUAUCUGCGUUCGUCACGACCCCCUCCUCGUCAUAUAGCAAUAACUUACCGGGGUUGACUGCCCGCCGGUCUCAAAGAUGGCACGCGAGACGCCUGCGCAGCAAGGUUCGAGCGCAGGCACAACAAGAGUUGCAGUAUAAGAAGCUUGGAGAUUCAGACCUUCUUGUCAGCGAGAUUACUCUUGGAACAAUGACUUUUGGGGAGCAAAACACAGAGAAGGAAGCACAUGAUAUGCUUUCUUAUUCUUUUGAUCAGGGCAUCAAUAUCCUGGACACUGCAGAAAUGUAUCCAGUUCCAACAAAGAAGGAAACUCAAGGGCGGACUGAUCUAUAUAUAGGCAGGUGGAUGCAAUCCAAGCCACGAGACAAGGUGAUUCUAGCCACCAAAGUUUCUGGUUAUUCAGAGCGAUCUACUUAUCUUCGGGAUAAUGCAGAGGUGGUACGUGUCGAUGCCGCCAAUAUCAAGGAAAGUGUUGAAAAGAGUCUUUCACGUUUAUCUACAGACUACAUUGAUUUGCUUCAGAUACACUGGCCCGAUAGGUAUGUGCCAAUAUUUGGCGAAUUCAGUUAUAAUUCAACCAAAUGGAGGCCAAGCGUUCCAUUUGAGGAUCAAUUGAAAGCUUUCCAGGAGCUAAUUGAUGAAGGAAAGGUACGCUAUAUCGGUGUUUCCAAUGAAAGCUCAUAUGGAGUAAUGGAGUUUGUACAGGCUGCCAAACUUCAAGGACUUCCAAAGAUUGUGAGCAUCCAGAACAGUUAUAGUCUAAUUGUGAGAUGCCGCUUUGAAGUUGAUCUUGUUGAGGUCUGCCACCCAAAUAACUGCAAUGUGGGGCUGCUUGCCUACUCCCCACUGGCGGGUGGCGUUCUCAGCGGAAAGUAUCUUGAUGCUAACUCUGCUGGUGCAAAGAGGAGCAGGCUGAAUCUCUUCCCGGGAUACAUGGAGCGCUACAACGCGUCUUUGGCUAAAGAAGCAACGGACGAGUAUGUCAAGCUUGCCAAGAAGCAUGGGCUAACACCGGUCCAGCUUGCCCUCGGCUUUGUGCGUGACCGCCCUUUCACAGCUAGCACCAUCAUAGGAGCGACCACCAUGGAUCAGCUAAAGGAGAACAUCGAUGCAUUUACCAGCGCUCCGCGGCCUCUGCCACCGCAAGUCCUCGAUGACAUUGAGAUUCUUUUCAAGAAAUACAAAGAUCCAGCAAUCCUCUAGAUGUUCAUUCACCUUUUCGCUACAAAGGACACCAAUCCUCGACACGUACAAAGACCUAGCAAGCGGACAUGGAUUACGCAAUUUUGUUCAUGUUUAUUACACAUUGCUUUGUUUCUUUCAACUGAUAUUUCCCAAAUGUGUAUGUUUUUUUUUUUGAAAUAUAUGUGUACAGAUAGUAUAUCUCGGAGUAAAGAAUGAUGCUACAUAUAAUCAGCUAUUUUUUCUCUAA